GAAAGAGCUGCUGUAUUGAGGCCGAAAACUCAGACACAAGCAGGACCUGGUCUACAGUGGAGUACCUCCGCGGAAGGGAUAUACACUCUGCCGGACUCUCGGAAGCUAUUUUAACCGUCGGAGCUUGAGCGGAGCACCGACCGAGUCUCCGUGCUGCUGCUGUCGAGGCCGCCGCGGCUCUUUCUCCCCUCAGACUGUGUCGCUGCCUGCUGGUCUCAGUAAUCCAGAGCCGCUGCUGUUAAUGAGGCUGAGAGGAGACUGACGCUGUUGUGAGGCGUCGCAACCACAAACCUGUCUGAGAUUUAAAUCUGUACCCAGUCUGGAGGGAACACACCGGCUUUACUAGGGCUGCUGGUGGUCGGCCGGGGUGCAACAACCUGAUCCAGCUCGAACUACAUGAAACAAGUGAGGUCGACCGACGCUGCUGUCUCAUUUUGCGCAAGAACCGUUAUGACUGACCUAUAGACAGCCGCCCCCCGUGGAGCAGCACCGCGGCUCUGUCCUGUGGAUGUAUGUGAAGUCUGCAUCAGGCCUCCAUAUGUUGGCGUGUUAAUCCAGGGUGCAUGCGGCACCGCGGCACAUUUAGGCUCAGAACCAGCCAGACCCACAGAGAGCAGAGCAGCACCGGAUACAGGAGGGGGGCAUUAUCAGCACAUGGUGCCAUGAAUCAGCCUGGACAACAGCUGCUACCCACAUAGAGGUCACUUCACCUCUCUUUCCAUUUGUUUUGGUCCAGAGGAUGCUGGGAAUGUGUCGCGGGCGCAGGAAGUUCCUGGCGGCCUCCCUCGCCCUGCUCUUCAUCCCAGCACUCACCUGGCUUUAUCUAUCAGUCGGGAGCUUUCAAGUGAAGCCCCUCCCCCUGUCUCCAUUGGAAGCCCAGUCACCAGCGCCAGUGAGUGGAGCUGGAGAGCGGCAGGCCUUAGAGCUACGGGUCCGGGCAGUGGAGGAGGAGAACCGGGUACUGCGCCGGGAGCUCAGCCGGCCACCCAGAAGCCCGUCUGCACGCCUUCCUAACAGUGGUCACCGUGGCAACCAAAGCCGAACCCAUUCAGAAGAGGGCACCGGCGACAAUGAGGGCCAGAAAGCUGCUGCAGUGGGAAACAGCUCAGACUGUGUCCAGCAGCCAGCGGUGGAUAAGUGUGAGACCAUCCACGUGGCCAUCGUGUGUGCAGGAUACAACGCGAGUCGAGACGUGGUGACGCUGGUUAAAUCUGUCCUUUUCCACAGGCGGAACCCACUCCAUUUCCAUUUCAUCACAGACUCCAUCGCUCAGCAGAUCCUGUCCUCUCUGUUCCAUACCUGGAUGGUUCCUGCCGUCAGGGUCAACUUCUAUGAUGCAGAUGAGCUGAAGUCUGAGGUGUCAUGGAUCCCCAACAAACAUUACUCUGGAAUCUAUGGCCUGAUGAAGCUUGUGCUCACCAAGACGCUGCCGUCUGACCUGCAAAGGGUCAUCGUCCUGGACACAGACAUCACGUUUGCCACUGACAUUGCUGAACUCUGGGCUGUCUUCCACAAAUUCAAAGGUCAGCAGGUUCUGGGUCUGGUGGAGAACCAGAGCGACUGGUACCUUGGCAAUCUGUGGAAGAACCAUCGACCCUGGCCGGCUUUGGGCAGAGGCUUCAACACUGGAGUGAUUUUGCUUCUCCUGGAUCGUUUACGGAAGCUAAGAUGGGAGCAAAUGUGGAGGUUGACGGCAGAGAGGGAACUAAUGAGUAUGUUGUCCACCUCCCUGGCAGACCAGGACAUCUUCAAUGCUGUGAUCAAACAGAACCCGUUCCUGGUCCACCAGCUGCCUUGUUUCUGGAACGUCCAGCUGUCUGACCACACCCGCUCUGAGAAGUGCUACAAAGACGUAUCGGACCUCAAGGUGAUCCACUGGAAUUCUCCAAAGAAGCUGCGAGUGAAGAACAAGCAUGUGGAGUUUUUUCGGAAUCUCUAUCUAACCUUUCUAGAGUACGAUGGCAACUUGCUGCGGCGAGAACUGUUUGGCUGCCCCAGCGAGGCCGACCACAACAGUGAGAACCUCCAGAAGACUCUCUCAGAGCUGGACGAAGAUGAUCCUUGCUAUGAAUUUCGUCGAGAGCGUUUCACCGUCCACCGAACCCACCUCUACUUCCUCCACUAUGAGUAUGAACCCAGCUCUGACAACACUGACGUCACUCUCGUUGCCCAGCUCUCCAUGGACAGACUCCAGAUGUUGGAGGCCAUCUGUAAGCACUGGGAGGGCCCCAUCAGCCUGGCCCUGUACCUGUCCGACGCUGAGGCCCAGCAGUUCCUGCGCUAUGCUCAGGGCUCCGAGGUGCUAAUGAGCCGUGGAAAUGUCGGUUACCACAUUGUCUACAAAGAGGGACAGUUCUACCCAGUCAACCUGCUGCGAAAUGUGGCCAUGCGGCAGGUCAACACACCCUACAUGUUCCUGUCAGACAUCGACUUCCUGCCGAUGUAUGGUCUCUAUGAGUACCUCAGGAAGUCGGUUGUCCAGCUGGACAUGUCCAACACCAAGAAAGCUCUGGUGGUUCCAGCAUUUGAGACGCUGCGAUAUCGUCUGUCUUACCCAAAGUCCAAGGCUGAGCUGCUCUCUCAGCUGGACAUGGGAACACUCUUCACCUUCAGGUACCAUGUGUGGACUAAAGGCCAUGCACCGACUAACUUUGCCAAAUGGCGGACAGCUACCACACCCUACAAGGUGCAGUGGGAGGCUGACUUUGAGCCCUACGUCAUGGUAAGGAGGGACAGUCCUGAGUACGACCGUCGCUUCGUGGGCUUCGGCUGGAACAAGGUGGCUCACAUCAUGGAGCUGGAUGCACAGGAGUACGAGUUUGUGGUUCUGCCCAAUGCCUACAUGAUCCACAUGCCUCAUGCGCCCAGCUUUGACAUCACCAAGUUCCGCUCCAACAAGCAGUACCGGGUCUGCCUGAAAACCCUGAAGGAGGAGUUCCAGCAGAACAUGUCGCGACGCUACGGUUUCGCUGCCCUAAAGUACAUGACGGCUGAGAACAACAGCUAGCCACCACUGCAGACCCUCACACCCCCGGCCCUGAACUACUGACACUCAGCGGGUCAGGGUGGAGGGGGCACAGGAAACGGACAGCCCGUUUAAGGCCAAUGGAGAUACUUUGAGAAUUGAGUCCCUCAGACUUUGUCAGAACGUUUUACCCGCAGUGUGGAACUGCAAGGGUCUCUGUGUCCAUUCUUUGUCCUCUGCUGUGGGUUGAAGAGAUCAUCCAGGAGAAGAUCUCCUCUGCCAGGAUGUCGAAGUAGUGAAAGACAGCAUGAGUGACUGUGAGGCCUGGGUCCUGACUCUGUGGGCUGCAAGACUGGCCCUGAAAUCUGACAGACAGCAGGCAAAGGAAAGCAGACAUUUAAUGCCUCGCCAUGUUUGUGAGACCAGUGAGUUGUGGGCCGUGUGUAACAUUGUGUGUGUGUGUGUGUGUGUGUGUGUGUGUGUGUGUGUGUGUGUGUGUGUGCGUGCGUGCGUGCGUGCGUGCGUGUGUGUGUGUGUGUGUGUGUGUGUGUAUGUGCCUCCAGGACAGCACUUAGCAGAGAGCUAAAGCAGAGCUAAAGAUGUGAAACAUAGUGGGCUUACAUUCUGUUUGCACGCCUCCCAAGUGCCAACAAAGAGCAGCGGCAGUCUGACUGACAGCACACCCCGACUCAAAUGCAAAUCGUCACCAGGCGGUGAGAUAAGACAAAGCAGUAAACAUGUCCACACAGAUUUUGAAAAUCUCAUUGUGACGAGUGACACACACUCAGAUACUGAGGCGAGCAGCCAGCCAGCCGACCAUCUGCUGCAGCUUAAUUUGUUUGAUAGCUGAUACAAAUCAGAAUAAAUCUUUCUCCUCAUAUGACAAGGGAUGCAAAGUGCAAGGAUGGCUGGAGGUCGUCCAUGCGGUUGAUAUUCAGGGUAUCUCCACAUCAGCCUGAGUGUGCUGCUAGAGAAUGUUUCCAGUGUUUUGUUACAUCCACAGGAUCUGACAGCAGCUGGUGCGGUUUCCUUUUUCCGUGUUGUGUUUGCUGAAGUCCUGUCGCCCCACCACACUGAGCAAAGCACCAGCCCCUCACCUUUCCUUACAACAAUCCAUAUUAUUUAUCAGUGUGUUUACAGUCCUGAUGGGUGGAGCAGGGAGGGGUGCUGUCGUCUUCACACAUCAUCUGGAGUGUCUGAAGUGGACAGGAAGGAGAGUAACUACUCUGAAAAUCAACCACUAGCAGUCACUCCUUCUUUCUCUCUGUCUUUCUCACUACGGCCAUUAGUGUGACAACAUCAUGGUGGCAUCCAUUAAAGCUGCAGUUAUGUGUGACCUCCUGUUUGUGUUGCUACACACAGUCUGGCUGGGUGUGGUGAUCCUGAUGUGGGUGUGUUCUGCCUCCUCUGCCCAGCUGUUAUUACUGCUGUAGCACCUGUGACAGACAGCUGCCAGACAAAUCCAACCCAGUCAUCACCGUAGACAGGACAAAGAGUCUGACUGUCACUAUGAUAUUAAACAUUGUAACCAAUAAUACAUUCCCUAUUUUUACACCUAUUAUGCUUCCUAAACAGAAAAAUCCAACUGUACUCCAUCUGACUUCAAGUUCCCCUCUUUUACUGAAUUAAGACAAGCUUAAUGGACCGAUUAGCUCGUCAGAAAUCACUGCCUUCGAACUAUACAUUAACUCAACAAAAGUGACCGAAACAGUCUCGCUUUGUCCUCCCACAAUCACCUCUGGUUUGGUUGAAAUAAAUCCUCAAUUCUAAAAGUAAGAUGUGAAAAUAUUGUGCUUUGAAGUGUUGUUUUCACCCCCUGAUGGACCCUGCUGGCUGUGGUGACAUUUCAUGAUCUGAGUUUGACUGACUCCAGCUAGCAUAUUGGGCCAUAUAGCUCUGAGCUACAGCAGCUAGUCGCUACAGCCAAAGAUUGUUACAGCAAAGAGAAUAUGGAGCAACAGGACAUAGUUAAUGCUGUAGUUUUAGAGUUCCCUCCAAAUGUAGGCAUUUUCUUAUAAACUACACUGUUCAAAAAUGUACAGGGAAUGUAACUGGUGGAUGAUAAAUCGAGGUAUCAGAGAAAUAUUAUACAGGGCCUGAAACGACAACCAGUCCUGGUUUUACCUGCUGUGUGUCAGGGUCGUCUCUGCUCCUGUCCACAUGAUGGCGCUGGUGCAGCUGAUGCUGUUUGCUAACUGAAAGAAAAACCGGACGGAAGAGGAAGCAGAACUAAUGCACCCAAGUACAAUUAAUUUAAUUUCCUGAUGAUUAGCAAGACAAAAGUUUCAUCAUCUUUAUGACUCUGUCAUUCAUCUCGCUUCACCUACAUAGAUCAAUUAGUAGCUAAAUUGAUCAGGGAUCAGAAAGCCACUGCAACAGCCCACUCCACCAUUUAUAUGAUCAUUUGUUGGAGAAAUGGCAGCAGUUUCUUUCUUCCGGUCACUUUAAUGUGACUGGAGGAAGGAUGGUUCAUUUAAGUGUUGCACCAGCUGCUAUUACUCCAGGUGACAGACCCUGGAGGGUCCACUUCCACACAUUCCUCACUGAUGUAGUUACGCUGAGGAGAAGUGGAAAGAGGAGAGAGAUAAAUGCAUUAACACCUUAACCUGAUCAGAAUGCAUCUCCCAGAAGUGCUUUGAACAAUGUAGAUUUCAAGUUCAAUCACACAUCUGCCAUCUUCAUGACCAAGAAAUAUGAUCAGUAAAUAUGUAAUUCUCUAAUACAAUUGUAAACUCCAGAAGGACCACUUUUACAUUCACACAUACAUUUUAGAGCAUUUAUCAGACUCUUUUGUCCAAAGCGACUUACAAUAAUAAAUACAGUCACAUACUGAUGGUGGUGGCUGCAUGUAAGGUGGCGAUCAGCACAUCAGGAGCAGUUUGGGGUUCAAUAUCUUGCCCAAGAACACAUUGACCUGUAGACCAGGAGAAUCGAAUCAGCGACCUUUCGAUAACAAGACGCUGGCUCUACACCUGAGCCACAGCCAAAUAACUAGAUAUUUUUAUGAAAUAUUUCAAUACACCACACACAUUUACACAAAUUGACACCUUUGUUUUUGCUCCUAUUGUUCACGAGUUGAAGCGCCAGAUUUAAGACUUUGAUAAGCAGGCAGAAUUAGUCAUCUCAAAUUUGAGGACAAAAUUGUUUAAAUCCAUGUUGAGAAUCUGCCCUCUAAAGUCAUCUACAGCCACAAACUGUGGUCAGGUAACGACCCUGAUGAGGCGAACACUGCCAGACACACAGAUGAGCUCCCUAACACUCUUUCUGACUGUUGGUGCAGAAAGCUUUGGUUGUGAAAACCAACUGUUGCAUCAGCUGUUUGGGUGGCUGCUGUCAGGCCAUCAUGCAUGCGACCAGUCCGGCACACUCUCCAUACUGUUUAAUCAGCAACUUGAUAUGUGACACCUUUCAGGUGGAUGGAUUAUCUUGGCCAAGAAAAGGCGCUCGCUGACACAGACUGAAGUGAAAUAAGACAUUUUUGUUCAGAAUCUGCUCCAGAGUUCUUUAGUCUGCAUAGAAAGUCUUCAGUCUUUGAUUUGAACUUGUGGAAAAUGUAACAGAAACAAAAGUGUUGCGUGUAUAUUUUUGUUGAGUGUAGUUUGAAAGUGUUGGAGGCACUACCUUGUUUUUUAGCUUCUCCUCAGAUUUCUGUCUAGGACCUGAGACACACUAGAUGCCGUUUGUGUGGAGGAAGAACAUCUCAGUAAAGUUUGCUUAAACUGUGCUGAAGUUCAUUUUACCAGUGGCUGAGAUCUCAGACUGGUUGUUCCGUUGUGAAACUAGAAGCUACUCUUCCUCUGUCUCUGUCUCUGUGUGUCUCUCCGUCAUAACGGCAGUCUCUCAAUCCUGCAGGGCUCAGUGCAGUCAGGCAGGUAUGUGUGUGAGAAUACACUGUAUGUCUGGUCUCAUAUGCGUGAUCAGUAUGCGGGGGUGUGUGUGCGUGUGUGUGUGUUUGUUUGACUGUUCUGUAUGUGUGUGUUGGCUGGGAGGAGCUGCAGGGUGGAAGUAGGACAGUUCUGACUGAUGCUGCUACCUGAAUAAAAGCAAAGAGUCAAACA